AUGUGGAACCGCCAGUCCAAAAAGGUCAUGGAGCCACCCAAGAUGACCGCCAAGACUAGCACCAAGAAGGUGAGCACGACGUACGUAAAGCUCUCACACAGAAGUCUGAUAAUUUGCUGCUGUGAUCAUCGACGUACAUCUAUCCCACUGUGUGUAGGUUUGCACCAGCCAAGGCCAACCCGCGCCCAAGUUCGACACCGUUGACGUGAUCACGUGUUUCCUGGUGGCCGUCCUCGUGCAGCGACGACUGACGUUCGUGCUCCCGCUCCACUCCACAGCCUUUCGGAAGGCCAACCGCCACAUCUCGGCCAACCGCCACAUCUCGGCCCUGAGAGCGAGCGAGGAGGCUCCUCAACCCGCCGCGUCCCCCACCAGCCAGCACACUCAAGAAACCGAAAAGGUCUGCCGGAACGAUCAAAAGACCUGCUCAGCCUUCCCAAUGUGCUCUCCCUAUGUGUUGUCGCAGAGCGCUCUCCCCUGUGGUUCCCAGUUCACCGGACAAGGACGUCGGGGUGUCUGGGCGUGUGUGGGCUUGCCACCACCAACACUAAAGCCUACACGUUCUCGAGCCUGCUCACAGCCUCGCAGUUUCUCAUCUUAUCACCACGACGCCGGCCAAGGUAUGCAGGAAUGGCACACCCGAAACCAACAGACGGUACACACAUGCAACUGUGCACAGAACAAGAGUGUGUGGGACAACCCUCCAAGAAGGUUACGGAGCCCGACACCCCGACCGGCAGCACCAAGACUACUGGCACCGAGGGCAGCGCUAAGGUGCGCACAGUGACACUCACGCACACGAUGUCUGCAUGGCUGUCCAUCAACGUGUGUGUGUGUGUGUGUGUUUGUGUGUCCCAGGAGGCCAAGGUAGAGCACGCACACACAAGUCUGAUGAUUCGCUGCUGUGAUGCAUCGACGUGAAUCUGUGCGUGUAUGUGCAGGGCACCCACCGCCACCACCUGCUGACCUACCUGAACUACUAAAAAGGCAACAACAAGGUGCGCAGGCAGCACACACACGCAUCCAUCCACCCAGCCCCCACAUUGUCUGCAUAUCUCUCUGCGCAUAUCAAUGUGUGUGCAGACGGACAAGUGCUACCAUUGUGGCUGCCCGGGGCACGGCUACAAGCAGUGCCCAAAGCUCGCCGCCGCGCUCGCUGAGGCCGCCGAGGCCGCCAAGGACGUACGUAAAGAUUUGACGGACAUCUACACAUACACACACCGACACACACCCCCUUAGAUGCCCGACAUGGCUAACUGUGUGGACGUGUGCAGGACCCGCGUUUCCACAUCGUGACUGCCCCGGGUACCGAGACUGCCGAGACCGCCCAGAAGACGACCGAGACCGCCAACAAGAAGACGCGCACACACACGACCAAGGUACGUAGAUUGACACAAACAUCCACACACAUUCACACAUCCACUCAUUUGCUUUCGCACACCAUUUGUGUGUGUGUAGAAGUGGGUGCCUGUCGCGCGCUAAGCGCACCACACACCCACGCCACCACACCCACCCACCACUCACCCCCCCCACACACACACAAAUGGUGUGCGAAAGCAAAUGAAGAACAAGGCAAAGCGAGUUGAACAACAAGGUCAAGGCAAAGCACACAUACAGAAGUCUGAUGCUUCGCUGCUGUGAUGCAUCGACGUGUGCACGUCUGUGCGUGUGUGUGCAGGCGUGUCCCAACACCCGCCACCCCGCGGCGGUCAGCUUCACCUUCUUCAAGGGGCGCAACAAGGUGCGCAGGCAACACACACACACGCAUCCAUCCAGCCACCACAUUGUCUGCAUAUCUCUGUGUGCGCAUAUCAAUGUGUGUGCAGUUCAUCAAGUGUUUCUGGUGCGGGGAGUACGGGCAUGGCUACCUCGACUGCCUGGAUUUCCGCGCGAAACUCGCCUCUGCCAAGCCCAAUUGAGUACGCAAAGACCAGACAUCCACACAAAGAUACGCCCACACACCGACGCACACACCCUUAGAUGCCCGACAUGGCUGUCUGUGUGUGUGCAGAACCCAUUCUGGAUCAUCGAGGCGCCCGCCGUGACGGCUUUCGUGCUGACCCUCAAGCUCGAGCCCGCCAAGCCCGAGCCCGCCAUGCCCGAGCCCGCCAAGCCCAACAAGAAGGGCAAGAAGGUACGCACAUGGGCACACACAUCCACUCAUUCACUCGUUUGCUUUCACACUGUGUGUCGGUGUGUAGAAGUGGAUGCCGAAGAACGCCUAG